AUGGAGAGAUAUAAGGUCAACAUCUUGGGUAUGACAGGGUCCAGCCAAGCGGUAGUGAAGGUUGAUUGCAUCAGUGACAGGUUGAUGGUGGUGCGGCUGUGUGGAACACCAGUAGAUCUAGUGGUGAUGGUUGUAUACAUGCCAACCAGCAAUCAUACAGAUAUGGAGGUGGAGGAAUUAUAUGACAAAAUUGAAGAAAAAUUAUCUACAUGCAGAGGUAAAGAUUACGUAGUGGUACUUGGAGAUAUGAACGCAACUGUUGGAGAAGAAAAGAUCUUGAACGUGGUCGGAAAUUAUGGACUGGGGACAAGAAAUAUCAGGGGUGAGAUGCUAGUAGACUUCUGUGUGAGAAACAAGGUGUCGAUAACAAACACAUUGUUCAAGAACAACAGCAGAAGAUACACUUGGAAAGCUCUAGGAGACAUAAGGAGAUUGCAGCUGGAUUACAUCAUCGUCAGACAAAGGUAUAAGACAAGUGUAAAGAACUCGUGUUCCUACCCAGGUGCAGAUGUUGACUCAGAUCACAAUCUGGUGAUUAUGAAAGUCGGUCUCAAGCUGAAGAAGGUAGCCAAAGCAAAAUGA